AUGCCGGUCUACACGGUCACAGUCGCCACCGGCAGCCAGUGGUUCGCCGGCACCGAUGACUACAUCUACGUCACACUGGUGGGGACUGAGCGCUGCAGCGAGAGGACCCUGCUGGACAAACCCUUCUACAAUGACUUUGAAAGAGGCGCGGUGGACUCCUAUGAGGUGCAGGUGGGGGAGAGCCUGGGGACCAUCGUUCUGCUGAAGCUGGAGAAGAACAAGUACUGGGUGCAGGACGACUGGUACUGCCGCUACGUCACGGUCAAGACUCCGGACGGGGACUAUGUGGAGUUCCCCUGUUUCCGCUGGUUCACAGACAACAAGGAGCUGGUCCUGAGGGACGGGACCGCUCACCUUCCCCAAGACGAUAAGCUGGGCCUGGUCAAGCAACACCGACAGAAAGAGCUGGAUACAAGACGCAAGACCUACAGGUGGAAAGAGUGGCAGCCUGGUUUUCCCAUGAGCAUCGAUGCCGAUCGCCACCGAGACCUGCCCCGGGACAAUCAGUUCGACAGCGAGAAAGGAGUGGAUUUUGUUUUGAACUACAGCAAAGCUAUUGAGAACCUGUUUGUGAACCAGUUCAUGCACAUGUUCCAGUCGUCCUGGAGCGACUUUGGGGAUUUUGAGAAGAUUUUUGUGAGGAUCAAAAACACUAUAUCAGAGUAUGUGAUGCAGCACUGGAAGGAGGACUUCAUGUUUGGAUAUCAGUUUCUGAACGGCUGUAAUCCUGUGUUGAUCCAGAAGUGCACUAAGAUCCCAGAAAAGUUCCCCGUCACAGAUGACAUGGUGAAAGUCAGCCUGGAGAGAGGGCUCACGCUGGAGGAGGAAGUCAAGGCGGGAAACAUCUUCAUCGUGGAUUAUGAGGUUUUAAAGGACAUCACUCCCAACAGCACCGACCCCUGCACUCAGCAGUUCAUCGCAGCUCCUCUGUGUCUGCUCUACAGGAACAUCCAGAGCAAGAUCCUGCCCAUCGCCAUCCAGCUGGGACAGACCCCCGGAGAGGACACCCCCAUCUUCCUCCCCACAGACGCUAAGUACGACUGGAUGUUGGCGAAAAUCUGGGUCCGCUCCUCGGACUUCCACCACCACCAGACCAUCACCCACCUCCUGCGCACCCACCUGGUCACGGAGGUCUUUGCCAUCGCCAUGUUCAGGCAGCUGCCCGCGGUCCACCCGGUCUACAAGUUGCUUCAUCCUCACAUCCGCUUCACCAUCGCCAUCAACACCAAAGCCCGAGAGCAGCUGAUCUGUGAGUGCGGCAUAUUUGACAAGGCCAAUGCCACAGGAGGGGGGGGCCAUGUGCAGCUGAUCCAGACGGCUGUAAAGAGCCUGACCUUCAGGUCCCUGUGUUUCCCCGACAUGAUCAAGGCUCGAGGCAUGGACAGCCUCGAGGACGUGCCCACCUACUUCUACAGGAACGACGGGUACGAGGUGUGGGGCGCCACCAGCAGCUUCGUGUCCGACGUUGUGAACAUUUACUACAGCAGCGACGAAGCCGUGACCGAAGACGAAGAGAUCCAGGCCUUUGUCAAAGACGUCUGCAGCUUCGGGAUGCAGGACUUCGACUUCUGCGAGUUCCCUAAGUCCCUGAGGAGUCGUGAGGAGCUGGUGGAGUAUCUGACUGUGGUGGUGUUCACCGCCUCCGCUCAGCACGCAGCCGUCAACUUUGGACAGUACGACUGGUGCUCCUGGAUCCCCAACGCCCCCUCCACCAUGAGGAAGCCCCCCCCCACACAGAAGGGCGUGGCCGACAUUGAUCUCAUCAUACACAGUCUGCCCGACAGGGGGCGCUCCAGCUGGCACCUGGGGGCAGUGUGGGCCCUGAGCCAGUACCAGGAGAACGAGUUGUACCUGGGCAUGUAUCCUGAUGAGCACUUCACAGAGAAACCAGUGAAGAAGUCGAUGGAGAAGUUCAGGUCGAGACUGCGUGAGAUCAGCAGCGCCAUCAAGAGGCGCAACGAGGGAAAGCACCUGCCGUACUACAACAUGUCCCCAGACCGCAUCCCCAACAGUGUGGCUGUGUAA